AUGGGCGCUCUCGUUUGGGUAUGUGAAUCAGGAGGCGAUUGGGGAGGUGGACGGGGCGGUUGUUCCUGCUGGGGUGCAGCUGCCAGUAGCAGGCAACGGUCUCGAGCUUUCCAGUCCGCCAGGGGCCGCGUUCCUGCUCACAGCCGUCCAAUCAGGAGGCGACAAGCGGCGCUACCAGCACGUGGUAAAGCUCUCGGGCACGGAGGUCGAAAUGAUACGCUCCGAAUCUGCUGCCCCUCCACGGGCCCUUCUCAGGAGACACAAGUGGCACCACUGCCGCUACCAACUCUACCCAUAUCCAGCCAAGGGCUGCAAAUACAGUGGGACGUGCUGAGCGCCAAUGCAUCCCAGUACACAGUGGCAGUGCGAGUGAGCAACACACAGCGCUACACUGCAGUCAGCAGCGACCCCGGGUGGUCCCUGCAAUGGGCAUGGCAGAUGGGCGAAAUGAUCCUGGAGUGCGAUGGGUGCCAGACGCUAAGGCAAGGAGACUGCACCUCAUGCCCCGCGUGCAUAGACAACCCCUCCAUCACCAACCCCUACUCCUGCGAUCCCAUCCCAACCAUCGUCGAUGGCUCCCCCCUGAACGGGUCUCUGUCCGCAGCAGCAUAUGACAAUACGUCCUCUUCCACCACGUUCACCAUGCUUCUGGCCAAGGCACAGCAGUACUGGGACCCCUCGCUGCUCACCUUCCCGGCCAACUUCACAGCACAAGUGUCGAAUCAGUCGCAGGGAUUCGCAUGUGAUCCCCCCACUGCCCUCUCCCCUGCGGCGCUUGAGACUGUGGUGGGCGGCAAACAGACCACGAACGCCAAAGCCUCUUACGUGGUGACAUGUGGCAUUGUGGCGGGAAGUGGGCCUCUCCCAACCUGCUCCGUGUCAGCAUCUGCCUUCUUCAACUCUUCGCUCGCUCCCAGCCCCUCCUGCGCCUGCGGCUGCUCCUCCUCCAACACCAGCCAGGGCGGCGGCCAAUGCGACGCCGCCAUGUCAGCGAGCACAGACCCCGCUGCGACCGUGCUAUUGGGCGAGGACCUGGCGGGGCUGGUGGUGCCGGGGCAGAGUGAAGGGAGCUGUGGCACCGGCUGUGGAAUACAAGCGCAUGUGACUGUAUCAGAUGCAGACGAAACAGGCUGGACCAUGCGCGUGGCGCUCUGGAACAGUGCGCCGCCCAUAAUCAAGAAGUGGACGGCAGUCUUGGCGUUUCCUCAGGGCUUUGCGGAAAACCUCCAGGAAGCUUCCUCAGUGGUGGCUCGAUUCGACUCGCCACCGUAUGCCGACAAUCUUAUGAUCUCAGGAGAGCCCAGCGUCAACGAGUGGCUAUUGGGCGAUGGUGGCAAUGUGCAAUGGACCCUGCGCUUCAACCGAACGCCCAACACAGCCGGUUACAAUGCCACGGGCGGGGACACUGUAGCUGUCAGCUCGUCUGUCUUCCCAUUGGCGGUGCUUGUGGGCGGCCAACAGUGCCAGAUGCCGGCCUUCUUGCCGACUGCUAAGGCCGCAGGGACGGGCUGGGGCGGGGGCUGGGGUGGGUGUGUGUUGUGGAGCAUGGCAGUGGCAGUGGCUGUGUGGGCGCUGCUGUGCUGA